AGCUAACCACGCGCCGUACGCACGCCACCUACCGGCCGUCACAUGCGCUCCGUCACACGCGUCCCCGCAUGCCCUAAUAUCUUAUCACACGAUAAUGAUACAUCGUAUUACCUCACAAGUGCUCACAUCGUAAACACUGAAUUUCUUUAUUAGUCACGAAGAUCCCAAACUGUAAAGGAGUGUAUGGGUUUUUUUUAAUUAAAAGAAAUGGGGGGCCCGCUUAUGUUAUUGUUACUGUUAACUGCAGCCGUGAAUUGUGAACCGUGUGAUUUGAAGGAGAGUUUGAACAUAACCGGGGGAGAGCUGUUAGCCAACGGUUCUGUAUUUCAUGAUGGGAUUGUUUAUGGGAUAAGUGCGUGGUUCAAGUCUGAGACGGAUGGUGUGGAGUCGUGGUUUGGUUGCCCUUGCAUCGGCCGCCUCUGCGUUUGGAAGUGUUGUCCCAAAGGGCAAGCGAUGUACGGUAGAGUGUGCGGGGACUCGGAUCUGGGUGUUGUGAACCCUUUCAGCCCUACUGUGUUCAAGGGAUUGGAACCGUCUAAUGUGAAGGCUCACGAACGUUUCUUUUACAUGGACAACAGACUAUGUGACGACAGAUAUUUAGUGAACACGAGUUUGCCGUACAAUGAAAUAUAUUUGCAACAGAAUGCUACUCUGUACGAGAUAUCGAACGGCAGACAGCAAUGGCAUGAUCCUACGGUAUACUGCCUGGACAUGAUGACGGACGCGAAUGGCACGAUGGAGCUGCGACUGGACGCAGCGGUGUGCUACCCCGAGCCAACAGACGACAGCAACGCCCUCUACAUCGCGUAUGCCGUCGGUCUGCUUCUAUCCGUACCGUUUCUGCUAGCCACCUUCAUGGUAUAUGCCUUCAUUCCUGACCUGAGGAACCUCCACGGCAUGUGCCUGAUGGCAUAUUGCGCCGGUUUGAUGGUGGCCUACAUAUUCUUGGCGUACUUGAAGGUCCAGAGCGGAGAGGUAGGAGUGGCCAUGACCGGAUGCCUGGUUGUCGCUUUUUUCGUGUACUACUUCUUCCAGACGAGCUUCUUCUGGCUUAACGUAAUGUGCUUCGACAUCUGGAGGACUUUCAGUGGUUACCGCGGAGGUAGUAAUAACAAACGUCGCGAGGUGAGGCGGUUCCUGUUGUACGGAGCUUACGCUUGGGGCGUCCCUCUGGUGCUGGCAUCCUGCACUAUUGGUAUGCAGUUUGCCGACUUAUCACCUGGCGUCGUCAAGCCAGGCAUAGGCUCAAGACGAUGCUGGUUCGAAGAUUGGCUGGGUGAGCUGGUGUACUUCUUCAUCCCGGUGCUGGUGCUUGUGGUAUGCAACGUAGUGCUGUUCACAGUGACUUCGUACCGCAUCCGGUCUAUUCACCAGGAGACCGCCAUCCUCAAGGGGUCGGAGUCAGCUAGAAGCGAUAAGCUUAAAAGAGACAAGCAAAGGUACGGCUUAUACCUAAAGCUAUUCGUGGUGAUGGGCGUGAACUGGUCGGUGGAGCUGAUCAGCUUCGCUGUAGGCGGCUCCAACUGGUACUGGAUCCUGGUGGACAUCUCCAACAUUGCGCUUGGCUUCUUCAUAUUCUUCAUCUUCGUCUGGAAGAAGAAAGUUCGCAAUUUGGCCGCGAAAAGAUUCCGAACCAUCUUCGGUAUGAAGACGUCUGCUCCGGACAUGAGGAAGAGUCCAUGGACAAGCAGUACCCAUACGGAAGACACGAGAGUGUCCGCCUCCGCGGACGACCCCAGUUUGCGAUUGAAGGAGAUACGUUGAUUGAGUUCCUGUCUGGUGACAAACGGGGAAGAAGAAUUCUCAUGAAGACAUUUUGUAACUAGGCGAAUUAUACGGAUUCUAGUCCUUAUUGCUUAAACGUUUAUAUUUUGUACAAUACAUGCCACAAAUAAAAUAAUAUAAAUACAUGGCGACGUCUACAUAUCCGAAAGAAACAUUACUUACUUAGUAGGUACGGGUAAUCGGUUAUUAUUUCUGAUAUUUGUAUGAAAAGGUGCGACCAAUGGUCUAAAAUAUUUCAUAAUAUGGUAUCGCAUUCACUCAGUUCUAUGUUAAAUUAAAAAUGCAUAAGUAGAGUAAGUAGCAAUGCAUUGAGAAUUCAUCUUAGUCUCUCAAAUUAAAUUUCCUUUUUUUACACUUGUUAAAUAACUUUUUAUUUGUAUUCUAAAGUAUCGAAUUGGUAUUGCGCACUAUACUGAACAUCGUCGCUCGUUUCGAUGUCUCGCUCGGCCUUAUUUACUUAAAGUGCAGCAGCGGAAUUUUGUCAAAGGGAUCUUAAUAAAAAUACUAAUGAAAUUAAUAUGCAGAAAACGGAGGAAAUCCCGUAAUUACUAAAUUCACAUUUGAAGGUUCUUCCAAAUUCCUUCGUUAAAUUUGAAAUCAUUAUUAUCCUCAUCUCAAACAUCCUUAACUCUUUUGAUUUAAUAUCUAUCCUUUCUCAACAGUGAAAGUCAAGGGUCUAACUAAAUUAUGUACCUACAAAAUUUUAGGAAAAUACCUACUAAGAACUUCAGAAUUGACUUCGGUUUGUUUUAAUUGCCUGUCACAUAAUUGUCAAACAGGUUAGGUACAACUUCUUCUAAAAUAUUAAAAUUAUUACUUUUAGCAUUUUGUAGUAGUAAGUAUUAGCAUUUAAGAAGCUACGACAAGAUUUUUAUCAUCAUCAACAGCCCAUUUUAGUCCACUGCUGGACAUAGGCCUCUCCAAAUGCACGCCACUCAGAUCGAUUAAAGAAAAUUCUACUUUUAAUACUGAUUAGUUAGAUUUUUUUAGGGUUUACUGCAAUUUCCACUAAUGCAACAGGGGUGAUGACGGGGUACAGUAAACGAAAUUCUAUUUAGUCAGUCAGUUAGAUGAUCAAAAAAUAAUGGCCACGUAUUUUUUCUUUGCGCAAUCAACCAUGACAAAGUUAUAGCGCGUCAAAGUAGGGGCUCGUGACGUCACUUUUAAGUGAAAAUUGUAUCAAAACGUGACGUCAUGCGACUUUUCAAAUCAAUAUAUCUCUGCAAUGUUUAUAUUAUUUGAAUAAAGAAAAAAUACGUGUCCAAUACUUUUUGAUAAUCUACCUGAUAAACGCAGAAAAAAAAUAGUCAUCAUCCCUAUUUUGUGAAAUUAAUAAGGGGAGAAAACAGCUACUUAUAUCACAAUAACAAAAAAAUCUAUUAGGUAGGUACCUACUAUACUCGAUCACGCAAUUUACUCUUUAUUUUAAUAUAAGUUUUUUAUUUAAAAGUAGGUAAUAGUACAAAUUUGGAUAAGUAAAGUCAUUAUUUAGAUUUAUAAGUUAACUAUUACAAAGAAGCAUCAGCUAAUAAUGUACCUAUUAAGCAAUUUAAGCAUACACGCUUGAGUUUUUUCCGCAGUCACGAAAUGUUUCAUUUUGCUCAUGUACGAGUACCUUUCGAUUAUUUUUAUGAAAUUUGCUUAACAAAGAUAAAACCAAAUAUAUCUAAUUUAAAAGAGAAAUAUAGUUUAUGCUGCUUCAUAUCUAGAG